AUGAAGGAUCCUUUUGUUAAGGAUUCGGUUAUCGAUUCGCCGGCCAGGGAGAGCCUGAGAAAUGUGGAAGGUUGCUACAACAAGAAUAUAUUUAAGACUAGUUCGUUCGCGAACUCCCGGCGUGCAUUGCAGUCAGGUGCGGAUAAAAUAUCAAGAACUUUUCGAAGCGUAAGAAACACCUUCGGGAAUCUGUCACAGCAUUUCAGAUUGGGAGGCAGGCGCCGUCACCGCCUUACUGAGCCUCCGUCUCCAUGCAGGACACCAACAACACCAGUCAUGAAGAAAAAACAGUCCGGUCUUUCCCAGAUACUGGGGAGGAGUCCUACAAAGCUGUACAGUCCUUUUGGCAUCGAGACACCGCACAACCGGGACUUCAGGAUGUCACCUUACAUGCCUGAUACACCGGAUCAUGGUUUGUCACCAAAGCGGCGCAAAGGCGUCACCCACUCAUGGCAUAUCCUCGCCAAGAAGAGACCCCGGGCGCUCUUCCAUUGA